AAUACGCCAUUUUGCUUCGAGCGUGAAACGCUGCUAACCGCGCUGCAUCAGAAAUCCGGUGAGUGUGUGUGCGCGGGGAGAGAUAUUCGUAAUCCAACAUCCACCGUAACCUUUUCGAAACCUGAAAGCAUGUCAGACUCGUCGACAGCAGAUGUGGGAUUCGCGGAGGCGGGAGUUCGCAAGUUAUCGGAGCUGAGAGUGAUCGAUCUGAAGGCCGAACUGAAACGCCGAAACCUCGACAUCAGCGGAAAUAAAAGCCUGCUUUCAGAGAGACUCAAAAAGGCAAUUGAAGAAGAGGGCGGCAAUCCAGAUGAGAUUAUUGUACACCUUGAAAUAACUCCCAAGAAAACACCACGACGAACUCCUAAAGGAAAAAGCAAAGACAAUGACGAACCUGAAGAUUGCACCCUUGAGGAGGACUCUGUUGAUGGCCAGGACGAAUCAGAUGCUAUUCCAGAGAACCUUCAGGAUAUGGAUAUCAUGGACAUGAGUGUUCUGGAUGAAGCCGAUAUGGGCAAUGAAGGUGGGGGCGAUGGAGAUGAAUAUGAUGAUGAGCUUCAAGACACCAUGUCGAAUGAAGAGAACGCAUGCAGUUUAAGGAAAGAUGGCAUAAAUAACGGUGAUAAGGCCAAUGCCAGUGAUGCCGUCAUACGCAGAUCUGAGUUGGAGGAGGAAAUGGAGACCAAUGGUACAAACAUGGAGAAAAACAAGGAAGCCACUUGUCAGGAGGAUAAUGGAGAGGAUGGGCGUGAAGAUGAAAAAGAAAGUGAGAAAGUAGCCGGGUCUUGUAUAUCAGAGCUGAUUAAGGAAGACUUCACUGAAGAGCCGACUGAAGUGGAGGAAUCUUCAGUCUUGGAGUCUCGCAAAGAGGACAAUGUGCACGACCUUUCUAACGCUGAGGAUGCCAGCAAUUUGGAAGCAGAAUCGACAUCCUGUGAAGUAGACAUUGACACUGCAAAGCAAAACGAAGUUGAAUCCACAAGCAACGGCCAAGAAAACGUUCAGGACAAUUUGGUGAACACCGAGAGCACUUCCGCUCAGGCCGCUAAUGAUAAUGAAACGAGUUUGCGUGAAAUCAAAAUCGCAGUUGACUCGGAAAGUGCGUCAAAAGAAGAAGGGGUCGAGGAAAGCAAGAAGACUGAACCUGCUGAGUCUUCAGAAGUCAAAGAGUCCUCUGUACAGGGUGAUGAUCAGACAAAGAGUGGUGACGAGGAUAAAUCAAGCAAGCCAGAUUCAAAAGAUGAAAAAGGUAGCGCUGGUGCUAGCGGAAGGAACCUUUGGGUCAGUGGACUUUCUUCAACCACCAGAGCGACGGAUCUGAAGAAUCUGUUCACCAAAUAUGGCAAGGUUAUUGGUGCUAAAGUAGUAACAAACGCCCGAAGCCCAGGAGCUCGCUGCUAUGGAUUUGUCACUAUGUGUUCUACUGAGGAGGCCACCAAGUGCAUCAGUCAUCUGCACAGAACAGAAUUGCAUGGCAGAAUGAUAUCAGUUGAAAGAGCAAAGAAUGAACCAGCCGGAAAGAAGCCUGACAAAGGUGAUGAAGAUAAAAAUGCUGGCAGUGACUCCAAGACUGAGAAGUCUGAGAACAAGGAUGAGAAGACUGAAAGCUCGGAUGGCAAAGAGCAAGGUGGAGAAAGGACUGUCGUGAUGGACCAGUCAAAAGGAGAGCCAGUUAUUAGCGUGAAAACCAAAAGCAAAGAGCGAAGCACCAAGAGUCGUGACCGCACGUCCUCCAGCAAAGAGAGGAAGGACAUUUUGUCCUUUGAUCAGAUCAAAGAACAGCGAGAGAGGGAACGCCAGAGGCAGAAAGAACGAGAGAUCAGAGAGGUAGAGAGACGCAAACAUUCUGGCGACCGCGAUAGCCGUUUGGAGCGUGAACGCAUACGUCUCUUCCGGCAGCGGGAGGAGAAAGACAGACUGUUGAGGCGGCGCAACUGGCUAGAGGUGGAGAAGCAGAGGCUGGAUGCUGACCGUAUGGAGCGUGAGUUCCUGGAACGUGAGCGCCUCCGUGUGGAGUUUGAGCGCCGGCGCGAGCAGGAGCGCAUUCAUCGUGAGAGGGAGGAGCUGCGGCGGCAGCAGGAGCAACUGCGCUUCGAACAGGACCGACGUCCCAUCAAGAGGCCAUAUGACAUGGAUGGCAGAAAAGACGACUGGCAAGUGAAGAGAUUGAACAUGGACGAUCGCUAUGGAAGGUCAGAUUUUGGACGGCAAGACCGAUACCAAGACUUUGACCAUAGAGAUCGCAGCCGCCAUCAGGAUGACAUGAUGGUGGACAGGAGAGAGAACAGAGGUGGGUUGUCAGGGGACAGAGACAGUCAGCACUUGUCUGAUCGGGACAGGCACGGCAGGGACAAUCGUGAUAAUUGGGGUGCCAGCUAUGAGAAACGUGUAUUGAAUGCUACAAGGCCAGUGCCUGGAAGUCGUGACAGAGACUGGGAACCUGGGCGUAAAAUAGACGGGGACAGAAACUGGCAAGGAGCCGACCGAGGUGUUCCAGGACCAGGUCACAUUGCACGAGGAGGAAUGGCAAGCCGGGGCGGGUACUUGCCAACGGGGGCAUCUCAGUCUCUCUCUGGAGCCUUAAACCGACCGAACCAGAUAAUCCAGGGCAGUGGGAUGCAAGGAGGCGGAGCCUUUGGUCGACGCUACUAACUUAAAACCUCUUCCCUUGUGUCUUGUACACUUUGCAGCUUGUACAUUGCCGAUCGAGCUUUGUAAUUGUAUUUUAUAAGUCCACUUUUCUUUUCAUUGUGUUAAGGCAAAGAGAAAAUUGAUUACGUUGUGUAAAGAUAGUGUUUGAGAUUUUAUUUUGAUCCCCCCUCCAUUCCACAUCUUGAUAGAUUUUAGUCUUUUUUUCUGUUUUGUGUAACACAUGGUGAAUGCUCAGGAAUGUUUGCAGAAAUUAAACCUGUCCUAAAACUAUGAACUUGUUGAUGUUCACUUUUUGAUUGUGCUUCAAUAAAAUUGUGGAGUUUUCUUU